AUGUUUAAGGCAUUUGACGCAGAGUCAGAAACAUUCAACUUGCAAAAAGAUCAACCCUCGAUUACUAUAAAAGGAGUCGAUGUGGAGGAAAUUUUUGGUCUGAAGGACAAAGCAGCAGAUGGGCUGGAUAUUGACACCAUCCUUUAUGAGGAUGGGGAAUAUGCAGAAAAUGAUAUACCAUCUCAUUUUCUGAACAAGUCCACCGGCAGUCUGAGUAUUGAUGGAUUGAUCUCGGACGCAAUCAAGAGCGGAUUAGCCGACGAUGACUUCCUUCGAAGAGCUGUUCUUGUGGCCCUUGGUACAGUUCUUGCACCACAGUCCAGCUCAACAGUUCCAUUGGAGUAUUGGACAAUUGUUAAGUACGUGUCACGUUUGAAGAAAAUGAACUUCAAUGGUUUCACACGUUCUUAUUUAAUUAACAAUAUAAAGAAACUGCGAAGUGAACAUGAGAUGGUGCAAUGGCCCCGCGGCAACCUAGCCCUGCUUCAAUAUAUUUACUAUGAAAAAGUGCACCCAACUGGUUCACAAUUGACGUCAUCAAAGCCGUUGAUGAGGAACUGGACAGAAGAAGAGGCGAGUAAGAGAGACAACAUUGAAUACCAACAUGGACGAGGAACAGGCUUGAUUGACGACGACAUAUCUGCUAACCACAGAAGGGAGGUGAUCCACACACCUGACGUUCCUCCAAGAUCAAAGAGGAAGCAAAGUAAAAGAGCUAAAGCUUCAGGUUCUAGCAUGAAAACGCCAGGUUCAGUGGAUGAUUCAAGAAUGGAGGUCAUGGUUGAGCAGAUUCUGAUUAAACUGACCAAUCACAUAGACACAUCAAUAAGCAAACAUAUGGACAAAUUUGCAGACGUAUCUGCUCAGAAAGUCCUAAAAAUGCUUAACGCGAAAGGAGUUGCGUACAGGGCAGGCAAGGCUGACAUGUCUGAUGACGAAGAUCAGGAGGUGGAAGACAAAAAAGAAGGAGCGGCUUCCACACCUAGCCAUGGCGGCCUUCCGCCUAAAGAUUUCAUGGACAAUGACGACAUCAAGUCAGACGGCACUGCAUCAUUUUUGAAUUCAGUUAAGGAUCAACAUGACGAUGAAUUGGAAGAUGCAAGUAAGAAGAGUGAGCCGAUGGAUGAUUCGAACUUCGUGACACCCACCGACAAGAAGAAGACUGCUAAUGCUGGGUACACGACACCAGCGCCUAAGCACGGAGACACCCCUGAAGUACCCAUAAUCAUCGACGACAAGGCUAUACCUGAAUCGUCCUGCUCGGCAACUAUUGAUUUAACUCUUCCAGAUGCAUUAGAAGAAUUUGAUAGCUUGAACACGAUCUGCCGAAAAGUGAUAGAAAGUGGGAAGAAGGAGGAGAAAAAAGAUGAUGUAUGUGGCAAAAAGGAGGAGAAAAAGGAAGAUGUCUCUGGGAAGCGCAAACGCAAAGCUCCUCGCAAAUUAAGUUCCCCAAGCAUUGUGAUGACCGAGAACUGUCCUAAACGAAGUAAGACUGUGUACGAGAAUGAAGACGGGGCUGUGGCGAGGGCUGAAUUUCUUAAACCUAUCCUUGACCGUGGAUGGCUGUGCGGCACUGUCAUUGAGUGUUACUUGGCUGAGCUGAGAUUAAAAUUGAAGGAUAGGACAAUAUGCCCUGCAUGGAGGGCAAAUUCUAUAGUCGAAAAUCGACCGAGAAGGCAGCGAUGGAAAAAGAAAAACCUUGACACGACGGAUAUUGCAGAAAUGUCAAGUUGCUAUGAAAGAUGCGAGCUGGAAUAUUUUGGCACUAACAAGGCUUAUUUCUCGGUUCACAUUUCCAAAUGCCACUGGGUCACCGUCGUCAUGCACAGUGACAAGAAGGAAUUUCAGGUGCUAGACUCGUUAUGGCGCCUUGAGCAGAGCAAGGAUUUUGUGGAAAAGCUGAGAGAAGAAAUCUUGAAGGACGUCGAGUUUGCGAACAAUGAGAUAUCAACAAAGAAGUAUCCAGACGUUUCGAAAUGGGAAAUUAAAAGAUACCCAAUACCUAUGCAAAGUGAUACGAACUCAUGUGGACUGUUCCUGUUAGCAUGUAUGGAGCACUGGGAUGGAGAUGAACUAACGGCCGAAUUUUCGCAGGAAACGAUAAACAAGAACAGGAAUAUGACUGCCGCCAAAAUUAUAAUGGCAGAAUCAAACAUGCACGAGAAGGCGAAGAAGGAUAUCCUUGACAUCGCGGCGAAAGCACGUGCGUAA